GAGCCGAGCCGAGCCGGGAGGAGCCGAGCCGAGCUGCGCGAGCUGGCCCGCUGAGCUGCCCGCGGUCCCCCGGUCCCCUCGGCGGUCCCCGCGCCCCCGGUCCCGCCCGCGCCCCGCGCCCAGCGCGCCGCCGCGCCCGAGGCCCGUCCCGCUCCGCUCCAUGCGGGCUGGCAGCAGGGGCCUGGCCGCCUAGCGAGCCGAGCCGCCCUGGGCCCGGGGGCCCGGGCACUGCCUGUCUGUGCGCCUGCCAGUCGAGCCCCGAGCAGCACGCGGAAGUGAUCAGCUUGUGGAGUGCUUCGGACAAAGUGAGGAGUCCGGUUUCAGCUGUCUGAGGAGGAGGCAGGAGACAGCCGAAUAAAUGCAGUAUCUAAAUUUCAAGGAAGACUGCAAUGCGAUGGCGUUCUGUGCAAAAAUGAGGAGCUACAAAAAGAACGAGGUGAACCUGGAUGUGCUGGAGCCCGGCGUGGAGGUGGCCUUCUACCUGCCCGACAGGAAGCCCCUCCACUUGCUCAACGGCGAGUACACGGUGGAAGAUCUGUGCAUCAGAGCCGCCCAGGAGUGCUCCAUCUCCCCUCUGUGCCACAACCUGUUCGCCCUGUACGAUGAGAAGGCCAAGCUCUGGUACGCCCCAAAUCACUGCAUCAAGAUCGAAGAGAAAACCUCACUGCGGCUGCACUAUCGCAUGAGGUUCUAUUUCACCAACUGGCAUGGGACCAAUGAGAACGAGCAGUCGGUGUGGAGACACUCCCCAAAGAAGCAGAAAAAUGGUUAUGAAAGAAGGCGGGUCCUGGAUGCUACCCCCCUCCUGGAUGCCAACUCACUGGAGUAUCUGUUUGCUCAGGGACAAUAUGACUUGGUGAAAUGCUUGGCUCCUGUACGAGACCCGAAGACCGACCAGGAAGUGCACGAGAUCGAAAAUGAAUGUCUGGGGAUGGCAGUGCUGGCCAUAUCCCAUUAUGCCAUGAUGAAUAACAUCCAGCUUCCGGAUCUGCCCAAGGAUGUCAGUUACAAGCGAUAUAUUCCAGAAACACUGAACAAGACCAUCAGACAAAGGAAUCUCUUAACCAGAUUGCGAAUCAAUAACGUUUUCAAGGAUUUCCUUAAGGAAUUUAACAACAAGACCAUCUGUGACAGCAGCGUGACUCCCCAUGACCUGAAGGUGAAAUACCUGUCCACCUUGGAGACGCUGACCAAACAUUACGGAGCUGAAAUUUUCGAGACUUCACUCUUGUUGAUUUCGUCUGAAAAUGAAAUGAAUAAAUUAAACUCAAAGGACUGUGGGAACGUCAUAAGUUAUGAAGUGAUGGUGACUGGGAAUCUCGGAAUACAAUGGAGGCAAAAACCAAAUGUGGUUCCUGUUGAGAAAGAGAAAAAUAAGCUGAAGAGGAAGAAACAGGACAACAGACACAGGAAAGAAGAGGAGAAAAACAAAGCCCGAGAGGAAUGGAACAGCUUCUCUUACUUCCCCGAAAUCACCCAUGUCGUCAUCAAGGAAUCCAUGGUCAGCAUUAACAAGCAGGACAACAAAAAGAUGGAGUUAAGCCUGUCCUCCCACGAGGAAGCCUUGUCUUUCGUGUCUCUGGUGGACGGGUAUUUCCGGCUCACGGCGGACGCCCAUCAUUACCUCUGCACGGAUGUCGCCCCUCCACUGAUUGUGCACAACAUCGAGAAUGGCUGUCAUGGUCCAAUCUGCACUGAGUAUGCAAUCAACAAACUGAGGCAAGAAGGAAGCGAGGAAGGCAUGUAUGUUCUGCGCUGGAGCUGCACAGACUUUGACAACAUCCUCAUGACCGUGACCUGCUUCGAGAAAUCGGAGCAGAUGCUCACGAGCCAGAAACAGUACAAGAACUUCCAGAUUGAGGUGAAGAAGGGCAAAUACUCCCUGCACGGCUCCGACCGUGUGUUCCCCUCUCUCAAAGGCCUCAUGGACCAUCUCAAAAAGCAGAUCCUGAAAACGGACAACAUCAGCUUCGUCCUAAAGAAAUGCUGCCAGCCCAAACCGAGAGAAAUCUCUAACCUGCUGGUGGCCACCAAGAAGGCCCAGGAGUGCCAGCCAGUCUACACCAUGAGCCAGCUGAGUUUCCAUCGGAUUCUCAAGGAAGACAUCAUCCAGGGAGAGCACAUGGGACGAGGCACUCGCACCCAGAUCUACUCGGGGACCCUGGAUUACAAGGACGAUGAAGGCAGCUCUGAUGAGAAAAAAAUGAAAGUCAUCCUCAAGGUCUUGGACCCCAGUCACAGGGACAUUUCUCUGGCUUUCUUCGAGGCAGCCAGCAUGAUGAGGCAGGUGUCCCACAAGCACAUCGUGUACCUCUACGGCGUCUGCGUCCGUGACGUGGAAAAUAUCAUGGUGGAGGAGUACAUGGAGUUCGGGCCCCUGGACCUCUUCAUGCAUCGGAAAAGCGAGCUGCUCACCACGCCCUGGAAGUUUAAGGUGGCCAAACAGCUGGCCAGCGCACUGAGUUACUUGGAGGACAAAGAUUUAGUCCACGGCAACGUGUGUGCCAAGAACGUGCUGUUGGCCAGAGAGGGCCUGGACGGGGAGUGUAGCCCCUUCAUCAAGCUCAGCGAUCCCAGCAUCCCCAUCACCGUGCUCUCCCGCCAGGAAUGUGUGGAACGGAUUCCAUGGAUUGCCCCAGAGUGUGUGGAUGACUCCAAGAACCUGAGCGUGGCCGCUGAUAAAUGGAGUUUCGGCACAACCCUCUGGGAGAUCUGCUACAAUGGAGAGAUCCCCCUGAAAGAUAAGACUCUAGCAGAGAAAGAAAGAUUUUAUGAAGGUCGAGUUAUGCCGGUCACGCCUUCAUGCAAGGAGCUGGCCGACCUGAUGACUCAGUGCAUGAACUACGACCCUAGUCAGAGACCCUUCUUCCGAGCCAUCAUGAGAGACAUCAACAGGCUAGAAGAACAGAACCCAGAUAUCCUUUCAGAGAAACAGCCAACAACUGAGGUAGAUCCCACUCAUUUUGAAAAACGGUUCUUGAAGAGGAUCCGGGACUUAGGAGAGGGUCACUUCGGGAAAGUUGAACUGUGCAGGUACGACCCGGAAGGGGACAACACAGGGGAACAGGUCGCAGUGAAGUCCCUGAAGCCAGAGAGUGGGGGCAACCAGAUCGCCGACCUGAAGAAGGAGAUCGAAAUCUUGAAGAACCUCUAUCACGAAAACAUUGUGAAAUACAAGGGGAUCUGUACAGAGGAUGGAGGAAAUAGGAUUAAGCUCAUCAUGGAGUUCCUGCCUUCUGGGAGCCUUAAGGAAUAUCUUCCCAGGAAUAAGAACAAAAUCAACCUCAAACAGCAGCUGAAGUACGCAGUUCAGAUCUGUAAGGGGAUGGACUAUCUGGGAUCCUGUCAGUAUGUCCACCGAGAUCUUGCAGCAAGAAAUGUCCUUGUUGAGAAUGAGCACCGGGUGAAGAUUGGAGAUUUUGGCUUAACGAAAGCCAUUGAAACAGACAAGGAGUACUACACGGUGAAAGAUGAUCGAGACAGUCCCGUCUUCUGGUAUGCCCCAGAAUGUUUAGUUCAAUGCAAAUUUUAUAUCGCCUCUGACGUCUGGUCAUUCGGGGUCACGUUACAUGAACUGCUCACCUACUGCGAUUCAGAAUCCAGUCCCAUGGCGAUGUUCUUGAAGAUGAUCGGCCCAACUCAAGGCCAGAUGACCGUCACCCGGCUUGUGAGAGCAUUAAAGGAAGGGAAACGUUUGCAGUGCCCACCCAAUUGCCCAGAAGAGGUUUACCAGCUAAUGAAGAAAUGCUGGGAGUAUCAGCCAAACAAUCGGACAUCUUUUCAGAACCUCAUCCGGGGAUUUGAAGCACUUAUAAAAUAAGAUCCCAGCAAUCAAACACCGAUUUAAGUGCCUGCUGCUUGCAAGGCACUCCUCUGAGUGUUGGGACAUGAGCAUCCUCCCAAAAAACAUUCUUUUGUUUGUAUUGCCCAACAGUUGAAGGUUUGCCCUCUCUACGAGUCAAGUACCUAAGCUCAGUUGUGGGGUGUGGAGGGCUCUUUUUUUUUUUUAAUGUAAAACAUUUGUAUUCUCCCCAGAUUUGGCCAUUCGUUCAUAAACUAUUUAUUGAGUGCCAACUGUAUGCUCGAGGGGCUUUAUAUCUCUGGGUGGUUCUUUAAAGGCAAUGAUCUUAGAAUGGUGAUGGAUAAAAGGAACCGACAUCUGAAGCACUCCUCUUAUUGGAAGAUGUUGACCAACCACUGGAGUUGGUGACUCUCAUUUCUGUUGGUCGCUGACGAUUUUAGCAGCACUCAUAUGACUAACACGAGAAGGGUAUCUCAAGAAACCUGGCCCACAUCGAAUUAUUCGCUUUUGCUGGCAGUUACGCAUUAUGAGAUGAAACCGAGUCCAUUUUCUUGAUGUGUCGAAUGGAGGCCAGGGCUGUAGGCUUAUCAAGUUAGUUACCUUUUCCUGUACAAACUUUCACUAUCUAUACCAAUGGACCAAACCUUCUGUCAAAUGCCAGUUCACAAACUGCCCUUUGAAAGUGAAGGGAAUUCUACUGACACGAUUUUGAGCUCUCUCACAAGUCAUCUCGUAUUCCUGGUGACCAUCUGUCCAAAGGAUCGGCCGGGCAAAGAGAGGCAGCCUGUGUCUACGGGAGAGAGCCCUUUCUGUCUGAAUCUGACCGAGGUGGGAACUGAAUGGACGGCUUCAACGUCAUCAUCUACGUGUUCUAACUGGCUGAGCUAAGAGUCCCAAUACCACUCAAUAGGCUUGCUUUCUUUUCAUUCUUUUAUAAAAGUAAAAAUGCAAGUGUACCUUUUUAAUUUUCAAACUUUGCUACAGGAAGAAAUUAUUCUUAAGGAUUUUGACACUUCGGAAGUCAAGCUGGUUUUCUAUGUUGGACGGAAACAUUUAGACGCACCAUAUGAAUUGUAUUAUCCUUUAGGGUCUUUCUGUACUUGAUGUGAAAAGGCAGAUGCCUUUAUGUAAUGGGUAUGGGCACUGAGCCUGUUAUCAUUAGGGGGAGCUGCCGGAUACUGGUCGGAUCCCCAUCACAUGCAGCAUGGAACAGCGGAUCGCCACCUAGAGGAAUCUCAUGGCCUCGAAUCUAGUGCUGACUGAAAGGUGCCAACUCGGGGGGACUGCUUGGGGAUAGCUUGCUAACCAGUUAAAAAGGCGUGGUCGCCAAUCCAACGUGAACAUGAAUGGUUUUAAGAAACGUCUGUCUGCAGAAUCGUUCAAAACUCCACAGUAGUACUAGUGUGCCAUUACUUUUUACCUUCUUAUCUCGAAAACGCUUUUUGGAAAGAUUCAGUGCUUGCAUUAAGAAGACACACACAGAGAGAUGGGCUGUUCAGAUUUCUGCGGUGAGCUAAGGAUUUCAUUUUACCCCCUUGCCCACAUCUGUUUGUCUUAUACAGGUCGUGGAAGAUUCCAGCAUUACCCACACUUGUACCUGUUUGGAACCUGUAUACAAUCUAUAUGCACUUUGUUACUCUUUAUACAAAUAAAUCGAAUAAAGAAUUGA